ACACAGGCACAAAUGCUCAAAACAUGCAAAUCCACUAAUAACAGUUACAGAUACACUGUGCAUAUAUCUUCCAUAUGUAAAUACCAUACACACGCACAUACAUGGUGCUUGCCUGUAUACACACAUAUAUAGACACACAAAUGGUGGUUCCACACAGUCCUGACAUAUGUCAAGGCUCAUAUAUCCACACAUGCUGGGAGAGCCUGUUGGUCAGCAUGGCUAACCAACACGCUAUUUUUGGCCCUCCCAGAGAUUAAAGGGUAAAAAGAUAUCCAAUAUACAUAUAUUCAUUUUGAAUAUGUAGUCUAUCAUUUUGACAGCACUUGUAACAAACCAAUCACAAUGAUGACCUAAAUUAACCUUUUUUAAUUAGUUCAAAAGUCAUUGUUUGCAGUUUUUGUUAAGCCUUUGAAACUUUGAGCCAUAGCUUAAGAUCUUAUAUUGCCGAAAACACCCAGGCCAAAAAACAAACAAAAACAAAAACAAAACAUUCUAGAAACAUGUUAUUUACAACACAGUUCAAUAGCCGAGAUCUGGUAACGCUGGUGGACUAGUGGAGCUAUGUUUAGUGUCGUCUCUGUCACUUGUGCCUUUAAGAGAAGAGUGAGUGGAACGCAGCAACAUGAGGCGGACAAGUCUAAUGUGACUUUCCAAAUAGAAACUAAAGUAGAAGAGAGACUGUGUCAGAGAACACAAACACUCUCCUACAGAAUCCUUUCCUCUUCAUGCUACACCCCAUAAGAGCAAGAUAUGGCGACUGCUGGCAGCGUGCUGUCUGAAGAGCAGCUACUUUGCCCCAUCUGUCUGGAUUUGUUCAACCAACCAGUGUCCACUCCUUGUGGGCACAACUUCUGCAGGGACUGCAUACAAGGAUACUGGCAGAGUGCUAAUCUGUCACAGUGCCCCAUGUGCAAGCAGAAGUUCUACAGGAGGCCUGAGCUCAAAGUUAACACCUUCAUAUCCGAGGUGGUUUCUCAGUUCAAGGAGUCACUGGAAAAGAAUGAAAAUGAAGCCAAACCCCUGGACCAAUAUUCAGCCCACAAAGGAGAGGUUUCAUGUGAUGUGUGUGUUGGAAAAAAAGUCAAGGCUCUUAAAUCGUGCCUGGACUGUUUGGCCUCCUUCUGCAAGACUCAUUUGGAGCCCCAUCAUGUUCUAGGCACCUUCAAGAAACACCUCCUGACCAACCCCAUGACGAACAUGCAGGACAGAGUGUGUAAGAAGCACGAGAAACUCCUGGACCUGUUCUGUAAAACCGACCAGACAUAUGUGUGCCAGAUCUGCAUUAAGAAAGACCACAAAUCCCAUCAGACUGUACCUAUAGAGGACGAGAGCAGAGACAGGAGAGCUCAAAUUGGAAGGAUAAAUGCAGAGGUGGAAGAAAUGAUCCACGUCCGACUGCAGAAAAUCAGUGAAAUCAAUCAAACGGUUGAGCUCAGCAGAGGAAACACAGAAAGAGAGGUCGAGGAGAGUUUGCAAGUCUUCAACAAACUGCUCCGCCUAGUCCAGAGAGGCAAAGCCGAGCUGCUGGAGGUGAUUGGUGCAAAGCAGAAGCAAGUUGAAAGCAGGGCCAGCGGGCUCAUCAUGGAGCUGGAGCAGGAGAUCGGUGAGCUGAGGCGGACAAACGCUGAGCUGGAGCAGCUCUCACACACAGAAGACGACCUCUAUCUUCUCCAGAGCAUUCCAACUUUCACCACGCUGCCCGCCACCAAAGACUGGUCUGACGCCAGCAUAGAGAGUGUCGUAUAUGUGGGCGCGGUGAGGAGAGCAGUCAGAAGAGUAGCGUGCCAGCUGGAGGAGACGGUAAAGGCUGAGGUGAUGAGGCUUUGUGAGACCGAAUGUCAGAGGGCUCAGCGGUGUGCUGUCGAUGUGACUCUGGACCCUGAUACUGCUCAUCCCAAACUGGUGCUGUCUGAAAACAAGAAACAGGUCUAUCAUGGCAAUGCAGCGCUGAGCCUCCCAGACAACUCAGAGAGAUUCUACCCUGGGGUCAGUGUUUUAGGAAAGGAGAGUUUCUCCUCGGGCAGGUUCUACUUUGAGGUCCAGGUGAAGGGGAAGACAGAGUGGGAUAUUGGAGUUGCGCUUGAAUCCAUCAACAGAAAAGGAGGGAAUAUGCUAAACCCUGAAAGAGGCUACUGGACGCUGGGGAUGAGAAAGGACAAGAGCUACUGGGCCCUCUCCAGCACGCCUAUCUGUGUGCCGCUGGUGGAGAAGCCCCAGAGGGUCGGGGUGUAUGUGGAUGUGGAGUGGGGGCAGGUUUCUUUUUACAACGUGGACUCUUCUUCUCAUAUCUACUCAUUCACUGGAUACUCAUUCAAUGAAAGACUCUUCCCUUAUUUUAACCCCCGGCGUAAUCAUGGCGGGGUCAACUCUGCUCCUCUGAUCAUCUCGCCUGUCGACAUCUAAAAUCUGACAAAAUUUCCUCUCUUCCUGCUUCUAGAGUUAUUCAGUUAUUUUUUAAUCAUCAUUUUCAGAUGAAAGUUAGCGAUGGUUGGCGUGAUGUGUGUGGCUGUUUUUCUUAAUAAAGUUUGUUUACUCAUCUAAAUCCUGUGUAAAUCUUUUUGUUGCUUUUGCGUCUGUUAUUUACAAAAAAGAGAGUUUAGAAAGUCAUGUCUGUGUAUAUGAGCUACACCUGUAAUGUUUCC